CACCAGACUUUCCAGAAGCCCUCAAGGCUGGGUGUGAAGAGGGGCCGGAACAGCACCAGCCAGGGAGAGGAAUUUCCAUCCCCCAGUUGCCCUUUAGUAAUAGCAACGAGUGGUUCUUCCCCUGGGGAGAGUCCAGAGCUGUCAUGGAAAUCCUGGACAGGGGCUAUAUAAUGCUGAGGUACAAGCAGGUAGCACUCAGCAGCACCAAACCAGCAAGUGCUACUGGUUCCUGGAGCUGACAGCCACCCAGAUUGGACAUGAAGAUCUACUCCUUGGCCAUGAUCACUCUGCUGCUCGCAGCUGUCUGGACUGAGAGCUGGGGCAAGUCCUUCCGCAGCUCCUACAGCUCCUGCUGCUACAAGAACAUGUUCAUCCAGAGGGAAAUCAACACCUCGCUCAUCCGCAGCUAUCGGGAAACACCUCCAAACUGCUCCCGCAGAGCCAUUAUUGUGGAGCUGAAGAAGGGGAAGAAGUUCUGCGUGGACCCUGCAGAGGGCUGGUUCCAGCAGUACUUGCAGGGAAAGAAGCUGAGCAACGCCUCAACAUGAGCUGCUACCAACACCAGCUCUAUUUCUACGUACCCUGCCAUGACCUGUCAGUGCCUGUGAUGUCUCAUUAACUUAUGGAGCCAGCUCUGCCUUGUCUCCCUCUGUCCCACUUCACACUACUGUACAGCUCUACUGAGAUUUAAUAAAGCUACUUGCUCUGACCUGCA